CGUUACUCCAUUAUAUCGUUGUUUAAGAGGUAUGUAAUGUUGACAGGCGUUACGUGAAGAGUUAACCCGCAGCACGCUGUAAUAGCGCGUUAUCAGUGACACCAGUCGUCUGGUCUUUGCUUCACUGAUAAGACGCGUGCCCAGCUAUGUGGACGCCUCGCUCCGCUCUCCUGUUAUUAUUCCGCGUAGCGGUGCUUUUUUGCACGGCGAACGGAGGAUGCGAAGGUUUCGUACAGCUCGACAAGUUCGUGGAAGAAGUCAUGGACUGUAAGGGCAUCCCCGGGCUGGCCCUGGCCGUGGUGUACGGCGCGGACACCGAGACGCGGUGGUACGGGCUUCGGGACGUCCGCCACAAUCUACCCGUGGACAGGCACACCCUCUUUCCGAUAGGAUCGCUCACCAAGGCGUUCACCAGCGCGCUUGUCGCACACGUUCUCGGCGACAGAGACAACGUCAGCUGGGACACUCCCGUCAGGAAGAUUCUCGGGGAUACCUUCGAGAUGCCAGACAGGUUUCAAACCCAUGACCUGUGUCUUCGUGACAUUCUGGCCCACAAGGUCGGACUGGAAGAAUACACGCCCUUCCAGCUGAUGGGAUUGAACCUAACCGGCGAACAGCUAGAAAGUCGAGUGCGGCACUUCGACGAGCGGCUGCCGUUCCGCUCGGAGUUCUCCUACAGUAACCUUAUGUACGGUCUGGCCGGUCACGUGCUCGAGCGUCUGACCAAUGACACGUGGGCUGACGCCCUGCGCAAGCGCCUGACGGGUCCGCUGGGGAUGGCGGACACGCACACGGCCCGGGCGGUGCUGGAGGAGGGGGAGGGCCGGGGGAACCUCGCACAGGGGUACCUGGUGGAUCCGCUGCAGGGAGCUUCCCUGGCACUGGACCAAGAACAGUUACGGGCGGUGACGGACGCGGGUGUGUCGGCAGGGGGCGUGGUUUCCACCACGGGGGACAUGGCCAGGUGGAUGCGGUUCCACCUGAAGGGCGGGAAGACUCCGGAAGGUGUGCGGCUGGUGAGGAAGAGGCUGCUGCAGGAGACGCAUGCGCCUCAGAUGGCCAUCACAUCCGGGACCUUCCCCCGCGAGGGCCGCUACCGCCCAGACUCGGCCGUGGACGACACUGUCCCCGCCUACAGCAUGGGCUGGGUCACCGGGACAUACAGGGGGUACAGGCGGCUGGUGCACGGAGGUACCCUGGCCUCCUACAACUCACUACUGACGCUGUUCCCGUCUGAAAACAUCGGGAUUUUCACAGCCAGCAAUGGAGUCGCCCAGUUCCAGUCAGACGUGCACUGGUCCAUUCAUAACUACAUCUCAGACUUCGGACUUGGAGAAAUUCCAUGGCUGAACUCCUCUACUAUCUGUCAACAGAGACACAGAAGGCACGCCGGAUCUCAUGCCGGUAAGACUGUACUACUUGUAGCAAUCCUUCCGUAGUUCUGUAGGUCGCAUAUGUCUUCGACAUCCACAAAAGCAGACGUGGAAAGUUGAACUGUUCUUUUACUCAAGAAAAUUGGACUCUUCUCGGAAUUUUCGACUGACUGACUCAGUCUUCCUCAGCUAUCUGACCCGGUCUAC